AGAGGAAAAAAAAAAAUGUGUUGGAGGAUUUCUGUGCGGACAGAGACUUGGAUGCGUCUGCGGGGGCUCCACCGUGCUGCACGUCCUCCAGGUAGUGUUUGGUGGGUCUAAGGCUUGGGCUCACGACCGACUUCUGUGUGUGCAGAAGUGCUCUUACCGACGGUGCCACCGCCUGCAGGCAGAGUCCAAGUGAGGAGGGAGAAUAUUCCCAUUUUUGAGCAUUAAGAGGACCUGUCUGGGGCAAACCCUGCUGCCUCCCUUGCCCUGGCCGUUUGUUUGGCGGAGCUAAAGCCCGCCGUCAGCAGCAGGGCUGGGGGGGGACGGGCAGUGCAUGCCGGUGGGAUGUGUCCUAGCGCUCGGCUUGCCCUGCUCAGACGCUGGAGAGUCGAGCUUGAUGAUGUGUUUGGGUGUGCUAACAUUUUCACUUUUUAUUUUUGUCUAAAACAUGAGGCGCAGCUCAAAUCUGUCUGAGCAGCUCUAUUUAAAAAUAGAGCAAAGUGGGUAUUUGUCCCGGCUGUACCAAAUUAGCAUGCUCGUUUGCUAGACAAGUGAGGAUCUGACCCGAAUGCCUUGUUCCGUGCUCCUUCCAGUGAAAUAUUUGUCUGCACUGUUUGACCAGGUGCCAUCCCCACAACUUUUUAGCUUUUUUUCCUAGCAUUUGUUUCACAGUCGGUAAGGGUAUACUAUCUGUUGCUGGCUGAAAAUAAUCCUGCACAGCUAAGGCUGGCGGAAGGCAGCUAUUUAUUUAGGUUGAUUCAGCUUCCAGUAAACAGCUCGGAGGAAUGCUCUGAAGUCGCCCAUAGGGAUUGCUCCCAGAAUCGUGAAAGAAAGAAAAAAGGAAACUUUUUAGGACAUCAUGAAUUCAUUUUUGGACAGGACUUUCUAACCCUGAUCUGUUUCCUUUGGCCAGAAUUAACUAUUUAGGUCUCUCAAGCCAUUUUUUCAGUUGCCAGUCUAGGUCAGAAUUACGGCUGACGAUCUUUCAUUUUAAAGAGGCGUUUAAAGAGAUGCAGAAAUAGUAGCUUAUUGGAGAUUAUUUCACUUUGUUACAUUUAUGCCAUUGAAUUUAACACCUUCACUUCUCCGAGCAGAGCGUGUGGGACGACACAAAACUGCCUCUACGUAGCAAUAAAAAGAGGUGGAGAUAACUGAAACGUUUUCAUAUGGAAUCCUCUGGGUUUUGUUCUCUGGCCUCAGCUGGUAAUGCUUUUGGUAACAGAGGGAGCUUGGUUUUGCGGGAGGACACAUGAUAGACCUGUACAUGGCUUCAGUCCUGCCUCGGAGCCGAGCAGACCUCGUCAGCUGCGUCUUCAUCCUUGCACUCGGGUGUGAAUAAGCGUUUUUUUUUAUCAUGGUCAAACAGGAAUUACCUAUUUCCCAACCAGCAGCAAACUUGUUUGGAAACUAGCGGGAGGGAGGGGGAGCUUCCUGCCGCGGAAACUGGGUGUGCUGGGAGCAGAGCGAUGCUGUGACCGUGCCGAUGCUGGGACCGCAGGCUGCGGCUUUCCUUUGUUGACUCACCCUUUCUUGUAACCAGCUGGUGGGGAGGAUUGUCGUUGUCGCUUCCGAAAUCACUUCAUGAAAGGGCAAACCAAGAUGCCGUGGUCUUGGGGCAGCAGGGGAAGAGGAGAAGGUGAAGCCGAUGCUCUGGGCUGUGCUGAGGUGCUGUACAUCUUCCUCAAACUCACGGUGACACCUCUUAAGAUAAAGAUAUCCCAUGGUAUCACAGGGGACAAACCAGAUCUGCCUUGGGAUGCUGGCUCUUCCAGCCAAGGCUCAUCGAAUAUUCUCACUUCUAAUGUUUGUUGCAUGUGAUUAAGGCAGCGCAGAGAAAAGAUUUGCUGCCGGGUCCUCUGGUGAGAGAGUUUUAGCUAAAUCCUAGUGGAAUAUGGUUUUGCACAGAUGAUUAAAUAUUAACACAGUGAAUCUCCAAGGUGAUAAGGCUGGUGGUGCUGCUUUGGGAUUGCUUAAAUCAUGGGGCUUUUAGAGGUUUCGAUUUACGUAAUUACAGAUACUUGCUUAAAAAAAGGCUUAAUUGCUAUUGAAUGGGUGUUAUAUUGUGAUGCCCGGGAUGUUUCCUCCAUCCCUGGGUCCUGAUGGAUCUUGGCAAGUUCAAAACCUUUGUGGCAAGGCGACGGAGUUGAGCUAUAUUGGUUUCUUCUUGACCCACGAAGUCCCAGAAGCUUCCUCUGAGCUGGAGAUGGUCCCAAAUCAGGGCUGGUGGCGAGGGGAAGAGGGAAGGGAUGCGAGAGGUGAAGUGGGGUGUCCGGCUCCGAAGAGCCCCGAGCGCCCCGGGAGGAGGAGGCGCAGGAGAGCUGGCUGCAGAAAACUUCAAAUGCAAAAAUUAGAGCUUGUCGGGAGAAACUUUCUUGUCUUUAAAGGGGGAUGAGAGGGGGUGGGAAGGCAGUUGGAGCCAGUCGCUCUGCGCACGCUUUGUUUAGCAAAAAGCAUUUGUCACAAUCUUUUUUUUUUUUUCCCUUCUCGUUUGCUUGUUUAAUAUGUAUUGAAAUGAGAACUUUGAUCAUUCGAUAAGGGGAUCAGAAGGCUGCUGGAUUUUGCUGUUAAGUACCUCUGUUCCUUUUGCUGAACUGCAGUUUUUGCAGAGCUGUAGCGCUUGCUGAAAUCACAGCGUGAGUCUUUGCGCCGGUUGUAACGGGCGAGCAGAAGGGGCUUUGCCGCUGAGCGAGCGGUGGGUGGACCCAGAAGGAUUUGAUGUAGUAACGCCUAAUCUGGUAAAACAAUUACUGGACGCCAGGGGAAGUGACCCUCCGCUUAGUCGGCGGCGUGAUGGGGGUGUUGCCUUUGGGUGAGGGCGGUUUUUAUAAGGCUGCGGUCAUGGCUCCCACCUAAAAAAAAAAAAAAAAACCAGUUGCUGUGUCUGAAGCAGAAGGCAAAACAAAAUGAAAGAGCUUGGCUGGUUUUCGGGGCUGAAAGCACAUCACUGUUUUAUGCAUCUGCCUGGCGGGGGCAGUGUCCCUGUCCUGGGAGCUCUUGGCCUCGCCGGUGUUGGUCUCGAUCUGCUUUUGUGGUGUAGACGGACAUCGCAGAGGGACAGAGUCAUCUAAUUGCCUUUUUUUUUUUUUUUUCCUUACUGCAUCCAAAAAACCCCAAGACAGGAAUCCAGCCUAAAAGAGAAAAGUUAGUACAUCACCUCACAGAUAUUUAACACUGUGGUAGUUAUGAAAAUCCCUGAGCUUGGUUUCGAGUAGAAGGGUUGAUGUCCUGGGCCUUUUAUUAAAAGGUCCUGGAAAUAAUUUUAAGCUAAAGCGUGGUCAGCGCAGCUACUGAACACUGCAGAGCACUUGGCCCUCCCAGUUCUAAUUAACAGGCAGCAAUGAUCCUGCACAGCCGUAUAACCCCGUCGAAGGCAGGGGCGUUGCUGGUGCCACACCUGAAGGUGGUCCGGUGUGUUGGUGUGCGGGCAGAGGGGUGCCGGGAGCCAGCAGAGCGGGCAGAGCAGACCCUGGCCAGUAGCAUCGGCACAGAACUGAGUUUGGCUGGUGAGCGGAUCAUCUACUUUCAAAAAAUCACUCACCCCUGAGAUGCCGGGUUCUUCUGGGCAGCCGGGCUCACAGACGAUAAAGAAAGGGCACAGAGGAGUGGACUCCACGGGCGAGACUACCUAUAAAAAGACAACAUCAUCUGCCUUGAAAGGUGCCAUUCAGCUGGGCAUUACACACACAGUUGGAAGCUUGAGCACCAAACCCGAAAGAGAUGUUCUCAUGCAAGAUUUCUACGUAGUAGAAAGUAUUUUCUUCCCAAGUGAAGGGAGUAACCUGACCCCAGCUCAUCACUACAAUGACUUUCGGUUCAAAACCUAUGCUCCAGUUGCCUUUCGCUAUUUCCGCGAGCUGUUUGGGAUCCGACCAGAUGACUAUCUGUACUCGCUCUGCAGUGAGCCACUCAUUGAACUUUCAAACUCUGGAGCCAGCGGUUCCCUCUUCUACGUAUCCAGCGACGAUGAGUUUAUCAUCAAAACGGUUCAGCACAAAGAGGCUGAGUUCCUACAGAAGCUGCUGCCUGGCUACUACAUGAAUUUGAACCAGAACCCAAGGACGCUGCUGCCAAAGUUUUACGGCUUGUACUGUGUCCAGGCCGGAGGCAAAAACAUUCGCAUUGUUGUGAUGAACAACCUGCUGCCGCGCUCUGUCAAAAUGCACCUGAAAUACGACCUGAAGGGCUCCACCUACAAGCGCCGAGCAUCCCAGAAGGAGCGAGAGAAGGUCUUCCCUACGUACAAGGACUUGGAUUUUAUGCAGGACAUCCCUGAUGGCCUCUUCCUAGACUCUGAUAUGUAUAAUGCUCUGUGCAAAACGUUACAGAGAGACUGUUUGGUCCUGCAGAGCUUUAAAAUCAUGGAUUACAGUUUGCUUGUUGCGAUCCAUAACAUCGAUCUGGCUCAGAGAGAGCACGCGAUGGCGGACGGGACAUCCCAGACCGACAUGCGGCGACCGGCUGCCCAGAAGGCCCUCUACUCGACAGCCAUGGAAUCCAUCCAAGGAGAGGCCCGGCGAGGUGGCACCAUAGAGACAGAUGACCAGAUGGGAGGCAUUCCAGCCCGCAACGCGAAGGGGGAGAGGCUGCUGCUGUACAUCGGCAUCAUUGAUGUGUUGCAGUCCUACAGAUUUGUCAAGAAGCUGGAGCACUCUUGGAAGGCCCUUGUACACGAUGGGGACACUGUAUCUGUGCAUAGACCCAGCUUCUACGCCGAAAGGUUCCAACGGUUCAUGUGCAACACAGCGUUCAAGAAAAUACCAUUAAAGCCAUCCCCUUCGAAGAAGAGCCGGUCUGGCACAACAGUUCCUCGGCGGAGCUGUCAAGGAGGAGUGCCUUCCCAGUCACACUUGUCGUGUGAGACAAAAGCACAAGUAACAACGGAGGCGGAUAUAGAGCAAGGUUCCCACCUUGGUCGCCCAGAUCUCCUGCCCAGGACCCUGCCGGUAGACGAAGCUAACAGCGACUCCAUCGCGACGACCCUGUCCACAUCUUCCUUGGGCAGCGGAGGCCUCAACUCGCCCGCAAACAGGUCAGUGGGCGUACAAGUGCAUAAAGCUGACAGCUCAGCAAAGGAUUUGACUAGAACAGCUCCUGGCAUCUUCCUGUCUAGGUCAGAAGCAGCGAGUCACCAGUUUGAGAGCUCAGCAGAGGAGGAAGCCAGAGCGGCUCAGAGUAACCGGGCGCAUAGCGGCUCCCCAGGACCUUCCAUCCCUGAGUGUUCCACAGAGCUGAGAGAGCAGCUCGAAGACCUGCAGGAGACAGAGAUAAGCUUUUGAAGCAACGCCGAGACCGCCGCAAUGGAAGCAGACUGUUCUGCGCUCUGCGUGGUCUGUGGAGUCUGACAAACGUUCAGCCCCUGUUGCUGAUUUAUUAUAUAUAUUAUUUUUUUUUAAAAAAGAAAUCUUAUCUGGACAGAAACCUAAACGCUGGAAGGCUGGGCUACACUUAGUGGGAUAGUAUUAACAAAGUCCGAGCCAGCGCAGCUGAGCCUCGGACACCUGGAAGUCUCCUUACAGCAGAGCCCACCGCUGUGUCCCUGCUGGCCUCCUUUCUUUGAAGCCCGGCGGGAGCAAAGCCGGCUGUUGGGAGGGAGGGGGAAGAGGAGGAACUGCUCUGCGUGGCCUGAAGCCCUCUGGAAAAGGGAUCUGACUUUCAGGGAGUUAACUGCUUAAGACGUUGACACCACAAACCUUGCGAGAACGAGCAGCUCUUUGGAGUUCCUUGGGGGGAAACGGGCAUUAGAGCCUCGUUGGGGCAGUUUGCGACAGAGCAACGUGGGUUUAUUUUGUAUUUUAAACAAGUUUUUAAUUUAAGUGUUUCUCUGAAUUCAGUCAUAUCACUUCUUUUUAGUCCUGCAGUAUAGGCUUUUUUUUUUUUUUUAAAUAAAUAGGAUUUUUUUCAGUGUUCCGCCAGAAAGUAUCCCAUGUGAGAGGCAGAAAGGGGGAGCAGGAGCUGCACUGACUGUGGAUGGGCUUCUCUCCCCCGCCAGCUGCUCCUGCUGCCGGAGCCGCCUCCGUUUUCAACCUUGCAUCGCCCCAAGAGCGCCGAGGAGAGCCGGGCGCUGCGCUGCUCGCAGGACUUUGAAUGUGCGAAGCUUUUGAGAUGUCAGGGAGGUUUUGGAUUGCUUUACCCCCCGGUUUUUAAACUCGGCCCUUUCAUCCUUUCCCCGCCCGGCAGGGAGUCGCAGGUGAAGGGAGAUCUUUGGGAGGGGCACGCUUUUUUUAAAAGUAUUUCUUAAGCAAACGGACCAAACCCAGCCUGCUCCGGUCCCUUCCCCUGCCCUCUGUCCUGCUGUGGGCACCACCUCCAAAACCCUUCCCGUUUUUAUAGCGCGGCUCCCUUUUGAUAUCUCACCUGUAUCGCCGCUCCUGGCGGCUCGAAACCGAGAUUCCUACAUAAACGGGACAGACUUCUGCCUCCACAAAAGUACGGGGCAUUUUGAGUCUGAUUUUAAACAAAAUAAUAAGCUGAAAGGAGGGAUUGUUCUGCUGCCAUUUCCCCGCGGUGACGCCUGGCCCACGCCGGCUGCAGACGCUUCUCUAGAGAUCUCAGAGCAGAUGUUGGACUGAGCUUUAUUUUCACUAAAUGCUUUUUUAAAAGAAAUGAAGUGACUCUUCCCCGUGUUCCCGGUGGGUUAGAAUCCUCCGUUCUUUUUUAUAUAUAUAUAUAUAUAUAAAAAAAAAAAUAAUUUAAAGUUUGCCCUUGCGGUAGUGCAAGGGGUUUCUAUACUAAUUAGCAAUGAUUGCUAAGGAAACGAAGAAUGUAGUGGUGUAGAAAGGGAUUUUUUUAGUUGAUGUUUCAGAGCCAAGUCUCUUCCCACUUCAACCUUUUAAAGUGGAUGCAACACAAGCUGAUAUUUUUUAAGACAAAGCUUUUUUUUUUUUUUUUUUAAAUGCUACUACUUUUUUUUUUUUUUUUUUUUUUUUUUUUCUUCUCUCGAAAGACCAAGCGGAAUGGCCUUACUCCGGGUACCCGGAUCCCCAGGGGGUUGGUGGAGCACCAGGACAGUCGCUGUUCACAAACUGUUUGGUUCUCAAGGGCUCUCAAACCUUCCGACGCCGUUGAUGUCGCGCCGAGGCCCGCGAGCGGGAGGAGGAUCGGCUCGGGGACGCCCGCGUUGUCCCUGCUGGACCUUCGUCUCCCUCCCUGCGCCUCUGACUCCCUCCAGCAGAUUCCACUUUAUCGCUGCAGUAACUGUCUAUAUUAGACACUCGUUUCGUAUCUUCCCUCCUAACCCCUAUUUGUUUGUUGGUUUUUUUUUUUUUUUACCAGGAGGGAAGAAAACAGAGUCUCAGUUUUUUUCAUGAUUUAAUAUUUAUGAAAUUGUAUUUAAGUGUUGGGGUGUUUUUUUUUUGUUUUUUUUUUUCUUUUCCUGGGGAUAGUUACUCGGCGAGUAGGGAGGUGGGGGGGGGGUGACGUUUAUAUAUCGAACUCUGCUUUGUAAUGGGUUUUCAGAACUGCUUCUUUUCGUGUGUGCGUGUUUCGAAGUGACGGGUGCCGGGUUUUCAUGUCUUUUUAAACCCCCAAGUGGCUUUUCUCCAGCGCGGGGAGGGGACUUCGCUUCUCCGGCCACACCGGGGAAGGUGGACACCUACUGCGACCUCCAGAUUGACGCCGGGUGACGGGACGGAGCAUGGAUGGACGGACCUCUCCUGUCCUGCUCAGCGUCGGCAUUGUCGCCGCCGGGACACCCGGGGAGGGACAGACCUGUGUCCCCCUUCCCUUGCCCCAUCCCUGGGGAGCAGCUCGCGCCGUGCGUGACCGUUGUCCUUUCGGCUGUGUAACGCUUGUGGCCUCGUCCGCUGUUGGAACCGCGCGCAAUACACGGUGUGCUGCUGAA